AUGGCCGGCCGCCGCCGCAGCCGCUCCCGAAUCCACGCCAGCGAGGACGACGACGGGGCGACCCGUCCCAGCCGCCGCCGCCGCGCGGAGGUGCCUGUCCCUCUGCCGGACGGCGGCGAUACCCUGUCGGAGUCGCUGCUGGACGACAGCAGACGUCCUCCUGCCCCAUCGAAGUGGCUGCCGUUGCCGUUGGAUAUGCUUUGGAAGAUCCUCCUCCUUCUGCCACCGAAGCCGUCCUCCCGCCUCCGCGCAUCCGCCGUCUCGACGCGCUGGCGAGGUAUCGCCACCGACCCCAACUUUAAAAGCCAGUUCCUUGUCCACAGCAGGAACUGCAAGCCGCCACCCAUUCUCGGCUUAUUUGAGCGCCGACGGCAGAAGUUCUGCUUCACCCCCGUCUUGCAUCCUCCCGACCGUAUCCCUGCCGAGCGCAUUCACAUCUCAGGCUGGAUGACCUCCAGCGACUGCGACGUGACCGCCUGCCGCCACGGUCGAGUGCUGGCCAUAGACAGGCUGUUGGCACGUCUUGUUGUGUUCGCCCCCCUCACCGGCGAGGAGCGCAACCUGCCUGUUGUUCCGGACGAGUUCAGGCCGCCGUCCUACUUCCACCUCAACGCGUCCGUGCUCUGUGCUGCCAACGGACAGGACCACGUACAUGGCUUUUGCCACAAGAGCCCAUUCAAGGUGGCAUUGUUGUCCAUUUACCGGACAGGUAAUCAAUUCAUUUCCUCUGUUUACUCAUCAGAAAGUGGCACAUGGAGCGACCUUGUAUCGAUGGAUGCUCCAUUUGAAGUUUCUCUUGUUGGUGUUCCUGCGACCCUUGUUGGAAAUGUGCUCUACUGGAUGCUUUCAUCAAAUAAUGUUUGUGCUGCCAUGCUUGAGUUUGAUUUGGAUAGGCAGAGCCUAACUGUGAUCAAGGGACCUUCUGGUAUGAUUGAUUCCGGCAGCCAUAGGAUCAUCAAAACAGAGCAAGGCACAGUUGGCUGGGUCAGGUUUUCAUUUCCUAUUCUAGAAAUAUGGCUGAGGAAGAAAAAUUGUCAGCAACAGCAAGUCACCACAUGGUUGUUGCACAAGACAGUUGAUAUGCAUGACAUUCUUGGGAUCCCCCCUCGGAGUAGCAAUAAAGUCUGGCAUUCGAAAUUGAGGGGCUACGACGAGGCCAACAAUGUGAUCAUUCUGCUUGUUGAUGACAGUGCCUACAUGGUUGAUCUUAACUCAAUGAAAUCCACAAAACUUGAUGGACGCCGCUCGUCGAUGAAUCGCUGUCACCCUUUCACCAGUUUCUAUCCACCAACAUGGCCAUCUAAGAAGCAUUGA